AUGAGCGCGUAUGAGUUGGUUGGCAGUUGGCAAUUAUGCAUUUUCAACGCAUUGUUGGUCUAUUUAUCAGCUAUAUACGUAAUUACUUUUUGCGGAUCAAAACGGGAUAAAGAUGAUGAUGAACGUAACACAGCUAUGGGCUCCGCCAGACCAGCGGCACCGGCACCUCCUCCUGCAGCUCCUGCUCAACCGUUGCCAAAAGCGCCAGCCCAGGGAGGAAUCGCUGGGACCUAUGACCCGAAUUACCAAACUUUGGCCGGCGUGCAAGGUGAUGUAUUUGGGGCAGAUAAGAAGAAACCCGCUGCUCCUGUUGGAGCUCCUGCACCUCAAAAGCCAGCUGUAGGAGGCAUGGCAGGAACGUAUGACCCCAACUACCAGACUCUGGCGGGAGUUCAAGGCGACGUAUUUGGUCCCGAUAAAAAGAAGGCACCUGGUGGUGUUGGUGGCGGUGGUCCUCCAGCUCCCCAGAAACCAGCCGUUGGGGGCAUGGCGGGAACGUUCGAUCCCAACUAUCAAACACUUGCUGGAAUGAAUGCAGAUGUGUUCGGUGCAGACAAGAAAAAAUAA